UCCGCACGAAACGGAAAGGAAAAAAUCUAAGAAAAUCAGACAAGUCACGAAAAUGGUCAUUUGUCUCUUUAACCUGAAAAAGAAAACCCACAACGCACACGUGGAUCCCCCCUCAAACAAACACACACACACACACACCGAAGAGGGUUCCUAAUUUUUUUCUCUCUCCUCCCCCCACCAUUUUCGUUUCAGAUCAUCAGAUCCUCUUCCGCUGCCAGGCAGUAGUUUUGUAUAUAAUUGGAGGGUCGAGUGCGAAUGGGGAUUCAGACAAUGAAUUCUCAUGUGACACGUCACAACUCGUGGCUAAGCCUCACGCUCCACGAAGUGGAGAACACUCUAGGCAAUAACUUGGCCAAGCCGUUAGGCAGCAUGAACCUAGACGAAUUGCUCAAGAAACUGUGGUCCACCGAUGGGGCCCACACGUCCGAAACGAACAAUGACAUCAGCGAUUCCUCUCCAGCGUCGCUCCAGCGGCAAGCGAGCUGGUCGCUCGCGAUGGCGUUUAGUGGGAAGACGGUCGAUGAGGUGUGGAUGGAUAUUCAGAAAGGGUAUUCGGAAAGAGGGCCGACACUUGGCGAGACGACGUUGGAGGAUUUUUUGGUCAAGGCGGGGAUGUGUUUGACCUUGACCAAUUCUGAUUCUAAGAUCGAGCCGUUCAUGUCGUUGGACAGUGCGUUCAAGUCGCAGAAAUUCUCGUCUCCUUCUCCUUCGAUCGAUGCUUCGUCUGAUACACCAAUGCCUGGGCGAAAGAGGGUUUCUGGGGAUGUCGAGAAAAGUGUGGAGCGGAGGCUGAGAAGGAAAAUCAAGAAUCGAGAAUCUGCUGCACGCUCAAGGGCGAGAAAGCAGGCUUAUCACGAUGAACUGGUGACGAAGGUGUCGUAUCUCGAAGAGGAAAUCUUGAAGCUUAAAAAAGAAAAGCAAUUUGAACAGAUGAUGAUGUCUUGUGACUUAUCCGAACCAAGGUACCAGCUCAGAAGAACAAGUUCGUUCUGAUAUCGCACGAGCAAGCCUUUACAAAAAAUAAGCUUCCGCUUGCAAUUAAUCAUACUUAAUUACUUUGUCCAUAAUAUAUGUAUAAUAUGUAAUUUUUUUCUAGGCCUCGUUAGCCAUAAGUGUCGAUUGUAAGAGUUAAAUACCGCAAUCGUGUGUUGUUAUAUAGAAACGAAACGAUGAUGAAAUGACGGAUGUUUGUAUGGUUAAUUAAUCAACCACGGUUAAAGCUCAAAUGUACAGUAGUACUUAAUACUCAGCAUUGUAGUAAGACACUAUGGUGUUAUUUCGUUGUGUGGUUAUCUGUAGCGUAAAAGAUUCGAGUUGCU